AUGGCGAUCCGUAACACCACAUAUGCCACGGAUGGCAGGAAAGGAAAAGGGUUUGGGCAAGAUCGACAAUGGAACUGGCGAAACUUCUUGAUCUGUUUCGCGAUUGCUGGCUGCGGCCAGCUGGCUUUCGGCUACCCAGCGUCAAUAAUCGGUGUCACUCUCGCACAGCCAUCAUUCCUGAUAUAUAUGAAACUCCUUGAUCCAGAAACCGGGGAGAUGGCCCACAACGCCGACUCUCUGAUCGGUGCCAUGUCUGGUGUCUUCCAGGCUGGAGCCUUUCUGGGCAUCAUCAUCGGAAGCUUUAUCAUGGACAGGUGGGGCCGUAAAGCAGGAACGAUCUUUUGUGCUGUCAUGAGCCUAAUUGGCGGCGCCGGCCUGACUGGGUCUGUCAACACUACUAUGUUCAUUAUAUUUCGCUUGAUUGCCGGAGCUGGAUCUUGGGGUUUCCUUGCGCUCACUCCAGUCUACACAGCUGAGUUAGCACCACCCAAGUUGCGAGGAUUCUUCGUAGGCAUGAACGGCAUGGGUAUUACGAUAGGUUACUCACUUGCCUCUUAUAUGGGUCUGGCUUUCUAUUACGUUCAAAACGACCCGGCGGCGCAAUGGCGAGGGCCCCUUGGUCUUGCGCUCAUUUUUCCAGCUCUUCAGCUCCUUGUUAUUAUAUGGGCUCCUGAGUCUCCACGAUAUCUGUUGAUGAAAGGCAGAGUCGAGGAGGCUAGGAAGAUCGUCAUGGAUUUGCAUCAGAUGCCCGGCGAUCCAGACCAGGAAUACGCCCGCGGCGAGUUCUACCAGAUGCAAAAACAGGCCGAGUUCGACAGAUCCCUCUCGCCCACCUACCGGGCCAUGUUCUUUAAGAAAUCAUACAGGAAGCGAACUAUUCUGGCCUGCGGUUUUGCUUUUAUCGGACAGUCCACGGCGGUCCUGGUCAUCAAUAACUAUGGCCCAACGUUGUAUGCUGCUCUCGGGUAUGGAACCCUGGAUCAGUUGAAGCUCCAGUGCGGAUGGAUAACGAUGGGCACGCCUGCCAAUCUUCUUGGUGCAGUGAUUAUGGACCGGGUCGGCCGCAGGGUUCUCAUGCUUACUGGCGUCUUCGGCUGCUGUGCUUGCUUGAUCGUGGAGGCCGCUCUCAUUGCCACUUUCGCUACUCCAAUUCCUGAAACGCCUAACCUUCCUGCACUGAGGGCUGGUGUCGCCAUGUUUUACAUAUUUCUCCUAUUCUACGGAUGCGGUAUCGACGUCGCCGGUGUGGUAUUCUACAGUGAGAUCUUCCCUAAUCAUCUUCGAGCAAAAGGCGUGGCAAUGUCCAUUGCCGCUGUUGCCCUUACCGAUCUCGUCUACCUCCAAGUCACCGCAACCGCAUUUGCCAACAUUGGUUGGAAAUUCUUCCUCGUCUUUAUCAUUAUUUCAGGCCUUGGAGGCAUCGCCGCCUUCAUACUGCUACCAGAAACCAAAGGAGUACCCCUCGAAGAAAUCGCCGCUGUCUUUGGAGACACGGAGGAAGUUAUGGUAUACUCGGAAGAUAUCCAUGUCGAUCAUCGUACACAUGAUCUCGUUGUCGACGUGCAUACGGGCAAUACAGUGGAGGGAACCGGCGAAGAGCUGCUGCACAGGGUAGCCACAGAAGCAACGGGAGUGCAAGUCGGCACCAAACAAGAGACAACUCAUGUUGAGGGUCCCAGAAUGAUGACCUCAAUCACAGAAAAAGAUGGAUAG